UUUAACAUCAAAAAUGGAUAUUCGUCCAAAUAACACCAUUUAUAUCAACAAUUUAAAUGAAAAAAUAAAAAAGGAGGAAUUAAAAAAAUCACUAUAUGCCAUCUUUUCACAAUUUGGCCAAAUUUUGGAUAUCGUGGCUUUAAAAACACUCAAGAUGCGUGGACAGGCUUUUGUUAUCUUCAAGGAAAUAGCAAGCGCAUCAAAUGCUUUGAGAUCUAUGCAAGGAUUUCCAUUUUAUGAUAAACCAAUGAGGAUACAGUAUGCUAAAACUGACAGCGAUGUAAUAGCCAAAAUGAAAGGUACCUUUGCAGAACGUCCAAAGAAACCAAAACGAAUUAUUCCAGCAGCAGAUGAGGAAGCUAAACGUGCCAAAAAGCGUGCAAAAGAGCAAGCAAAGCAUUCGCAGCAAGUUGGAUAUCAUCCUAAUGUACCUCAGCAUCCAGGACUUGUCAAUACGGCUGUUCCUGAACAACCACCAAAUCAAAUAUUAUUCUUAACAAAUUUACCAGAUGAAACAAGUGAAAUGAUGUUAUCGAUGUUAUUUAACCAAUUUCCAGGCUUUAAAGAAGUACGAUUGGUACCUAAUCGGCAUGAUAUUGCUUUUGUCGAAUUUGAAAAUGAAGUUCAAUCUGGAGCAGCGAAAGAUGCUCUUCAAGGUUUCAAAAUCACACCUUCACAUGCAAUGAAAAUAUCAUUUGCAAAAAAAUAAAUUUGCUGGUUUUUUUCUAUUGUUUGUGUGAUAGAAUAUUGGAAUGUAAGUAAAAUAUAUAAACCAAAUUGUGCAUUUGUAUAAAGCGAAUGUAUUGAUAGCUAUUGAUGACUAUUAAUAUGAGCUUGGAUCAUCUCAUUCGUGAUAUUGUACAAUGGAAAGUAUUUUGUUUGGCAAUGGUUAUUUUGCAAUCAAAUUUUCAAUAAGUGAAUUAAACAUGUAUAUGUGCAACAGAUUCUGCCAUGAUAGAGACAUUGCAAUUAUGAAAAAUACAUGUAAGAAGUUAAAUAAAUUUUUGAAAUUUUG